AUGGAGUUUGAAUACGAGUGGCUGAAAAAGCUAUGGUGGACAGUAGGGUUGAUAGUGAUAAGCAGUGUUGUAAUAUUGGUGGAGAAAGUGUUGUUGAGGCCAAGAAGGAUUCGAAAGACGCUUGAGAAACAAGGUAUCAAAGGACCAAAGCCUUCUUUUCCAUUUGGCAAUGUUACUGAGAUGCAACAGAUUCGUCCUCAACGCCCUAAAUAUGCUGAUAUCACUGAAGAAUGGGUUUAUUCUUUGUUUCCAUAUUUUCAUACAUGGAAACAACAAUAUGGUUCAUUAUUUAUCUACUCCACCGGAAUCAAGCAACAUUUAUAUGUUGAGGAUGCUAAAGUUAUCAAAGAUUUGAGUGUGCAUAUGUCCCCUGAUCUUGGUAGGGUUGAGUAUCUAAACAAAGCAUUAUUGCCAAUGCUUGGAGAUGGUAUGGUCAGAGCCAAUGGGAAAUCAUGGAUCUUCCAAAGAAAUCUUAUUAUUGCUGAAUUAUUCAUGAGCAAAGUGAAGACUAUGAUGGGUCAUAUGGAAGGUUCAGCCCUAGAAAUUGUUCAAAAAUGGGAAAGGUUAAUAAAUGAAAGUAAAGACAAGAUUGUAGAGAUAGUGAUUGAGAAUGACCUCAAGGUUCUUUCAGAGGAUAUCAUUUCCAAAGCAUGUUUUGGCAGUGAUUAUACACAAGGAAAAUAUAUUUUUGAAAUCUUAGCAAGGAUGCAAAACAAGCUCUCAAAGACUAGUACUCUUCUAGGAUAUCUAAACCUAAGUUUUCUCCCUUCUAAGGAAAGCAAAGAGAUAUGGAAAUUGAAGAAAGAGGUUGAUGCAUUGGUACUGAAUAUCAUACAUGCACGUGAAAAGCAAAACCAAGAGAACAACAAUGGAGAAAAACAAAACGAUCUAUUACAGAAAAUAAUAGAAGGUGUUGCACAUGAGAAACUUUUGAAUGCUAGUGGAAAGGGUACUUUGAAACCUGGCCAUGACAUGAACCAGUUGAUCAUAGAUCUCUGCAAAAGUAUCUAUUUUGCUGGCUCUGAAUCCACUGCUAUUACUGCUGUUUGGGCUUUGUACCUUAUUUCGGUUUAUCCCGAAUGGAAACAACGUAUUCGAGAUGAGAUUUCGGAAAUCUUCGGUGAUGAUGGGCCUCCUUCGUUUACCGACAUGACCAAACUUCAGAAGAUGAAAACGCUACAUAUGGUGGUUCUAGAGAGUAUGCGUCUCUACGGUCCUGCUGUCACGAACUCGAGGGAGACUUUUGCCGAUUUGAAGAUUGGAGAUUUAGUGCUGCCUAAAGGAUUAUACUUAUGGAUGUUUCUUCCAUUGCUGCACCGCGACGUUGAUAAUUGGGGACCAGAUGCUACUGAAUUCAAGCCAGAAAGAUUUGCUAAUGGUAUUUCAGGAGCUUGUAAGUAUCCUCAGGCUUACCUGCCCUUCGGAUAUGGGAGCCGAUUUUGCCUAGGCCAAAACUUCACCUUGACGGAAAUUAAGAUCGUGAUCUGUCUUAUGGUUUACAAUUUCGACUUUAAGCUUUCGCCGAACUAUGUCCAUUGUCCUACAUCGAAUUUGUUGUUGGUGCCAAAAUAUGGUGUGAAGCUUCUUGUUAGCAAGCGUAAUGCAGGAAAAUGA